AUGUCCAACACGAAAGAUAAUAUAGUACCAAAACCAGAGGCACAAUGGACUGCCGACGAUGAAAAGAAGUGGGCGUACGAUUGGAGAGCCCGAAACAUUUUAAUUUCAGCAUUUCGUGUUGAUGAGUAUUAUACGGUAUCCCAUUGUACGACUGUCAAGGAGAUGUGGGACGCGUUACAAGUUACCUAUGAUGGAACUAACGAAGUUAAACAAUCCCGCAUAAACACACUUACUCAAGAGGAAUGGAAGCCUAAAGUAACAGUUAUCAAGGAAGCAAACGACCUUACUACACUCGACAUCACAACUCUAUUUGGCAAGUUGGAAGAACAUCAAGAAGAACUAGCAAGCCUUGAAAAGUAUGAGAAGACGAUUAAAAAGGAGAAGAUUAUAGACAAAGAGAGUGAGAAGAAGUCCAUAGCUCUUGUGGCUUCUAGCUCUAAGUCCUCAAAUAAAGAGCAAAGUGAUAGUGACUCAAGUAGUGAAGAAGACUCAGAUGAUGAGGAAAUGAGACUGUUUGUUCGGAGGGACUACAAGCCGGAUUGUCCUCAACUAAAGAAGGACAAGGGCAAAGCUCCACCAAAGAAAUACAACAAACAAAGAAGGGCAUACAUCACUUGGGAAAGCGAUAGUGAAUCGUCAAGUGAUGAAAGCUCAAGUGAUAGUGAUAAGACUGCCAACCUAUCUUUUGAAAAACUGCAUACCGAAGCAUUAGCAACUUUUAAGAGUUUAUCCUCCGAUAAACAAAUCUUUUCAUUUUUGGAGGGUAAAGUCUAUAAAACUGAAAAAGACUUAGAUAUUGAUGGAUUGGCACGUGUUCAAAAUUGUGGGGCUUGCCACAUUUGGAAAGGAGAGGUUAAAUCUCUUAAGGCCAAAUUAGAGAAAGCUCUACAACCGAAAGUUACUUUUGUCAUUGAUCCUAAUUUGUUUAAGAAAUCUUUGAAUCCAUCUUAUGCAAAAUAUUCAUUUGUAGAGAAGAUUCCAAGGAUUCCAAUGAGAAAAAGUAAACGAAUCCAUCAUCAUGGUUUAUGUCAUUAUUGUUCUCAUUCGGGUCAUACCAUUGCGAAACGCAAGUUUAGAAAAUUUCUUGUUGAGUGUCUUGCAUCCGAGGAAAGAGAACAGUUUCUUGACAGUGGGUGUUCAAGGCACAUGAUGGGUGACAUAUCUCUAUUCAUAGACUUUAAAGCUAAGAAGAAGGGUUAUGUUACUUAUGGGGACAAUAACAAAUAA